CUACUGAAACUUAAAUAAUCAAUACAAGUUUAGAAUUGGUCGGUUCUGACUGGUUUUGCCAUCAGCUUUGACUAUUCUAUUAUACAACAUCCGUUCGCUUUACAACUACAGAACUUACAUGUGGAAAAUCAUUAAAGUUCAUAUACAUCAAUACAUCAAUACAUGUAAUGCUCAAACAAGUAAUUAAAGUGAACUUAAUCGCCUUUAAUCAGAAGAUAACAUAAACGCUAGCAUAACAGCAAUAACGCUCAAACUAAUUAUUAAAUACUUAUAAUAUAUAAUUACAAAAAGGUUAUUAAAUUUUCAAUUGAGUACAUUUUAUAUCAUAUAACUCAAUUAACUAUUUGAUUCUGAUAUAUUGUACAGUUAUAUCUUAUAUCUGUAUUUUCCGGCUGGCAUAUUUUGUGAAAAGAUCAUCAAUUUUGAGGUAGGGGCUUUUAUGUGUUGAAAAAAGCUAAAAAAAAACUACCAUCUGAUUCUAAAUACGCAUGCACACAGUCUACUUUAACGCUAUUGGCUCCCCACUCUUGAACCUCGACGAGUUAGGUUGCUCAAAAAUAAAUAAACUUCAGCUUUCCCCCGUUUUAAGCGGUAGAUUUUUUGUUCGGUCUGUUAGGAAUAACGUGAAAUAGAAUGGAAGCAGAUGAAAUUAAAACUUAAAUCCUGAAGAAGUUAUACGAACGUAUUGUAAGGUAGUGUUGAUUGGGUUUAAGACUGCUGUGCGCAUGCUGAGUACAUGUGGUGUAUGCCAGAUGUAACUGUAAUCCGACUCCUACUCCUACUCCUACAAGAACCCAUAUCAAGUUUAUGUCAUCCGCCAUCAUACCAUCAAGUCCCAUACCAAUACCAAGUAUUUAAAGUUUUACCAGUACAGCACAGCACAGCACAGCACUGUACCAUACCGUCUAGCAAAUAUGUACAGUGUACAGUGUACAGUGUACAGUGUACAGUGUAAUUUGCUAAUACAAUGUAAUGAGUUAUUAAACCCAACGAUACUCUAGGGACUGACAGGCAGGGGCAGGGACAGGGGGAAGUAAAGCAGGCAGGCAGAAGCAGCAGCAACCAGCACAGCACCUAACCAGCAGAAGCAGACAUAGAAAAUUAAAGAGACGAAGUGGGGACGAAGUAAAGCUCUUUCUCCGGCACGAUCGCGAUGUUUCAUCACGCUCGGCGCAUGUCGCUAGCCGCGUUCUCUCAGAAUACAACACAAUACUGAAUACUGACACAGCAUACAUACCAACGCUGAACAGAUUUCUGAAACUCUGACCGCGGUCAUAUCAUAUCACGUUUAUUUCAUCUGUCCUGUUAUGUGAAUUCAUUAACGCGCCGCCAUAUUUGCUGACAUUGCGUACCGGGUAAAGACAAACACUUCUGAAGGACGAUUGGGUACGAUAUUAUUGUUGUGUACUUUAAUAGUAUACGAAUGAAAUGGCUUGUUGAUAUAUUAAGAUAUAUAAUAAAUAAAAAUAUAUGCAACACUAACUAAAGCACACGAUUACGUAUACGAUAAUAAAUUGUUUAUGAUUGUCAUCAUUACUGUUGACAAUGAAUGGUGGAAAUGAACAGUCCAAUCCAGGAACCAGAUUUUGACGGAUUUGAUUUCCCAGAAAAAAAUAAUAAAAUUGAUACUACUGAAGAAAACGAAACUGGAUUACCAAUAUUAGAGGAACAAAUAAAUAUUGUUAAAUCAUUGGAGUGUGUGUCGGAAGAGUUGCCACAGUGUGAAGUCUGUUCGCAGCAAUUUUUAACGAAAAAAGAGCUAAGAUCUCACAUAACUCUCCACCUUGGACAGCCUAGAGUUGUAUUAAAAAGGUGUUCAAAUUUGCAUUUGGUAAAAAAAAAAGAAAAAGACAAAUACAGUUUGACUCAAGAGAAAAAAGGUUCGCUUAAAUUAACACUGAAGAAACAAAAUCACCGUGAUUUUGCGGUAAUAAGCCGUGAUUUGGAUUUCGACAGUGAUAAUUCAGAGUCUGAAGAGGUGGCAGGUUUAAAAAAAAAUAAUAAAAACGAGGAGGAGGAGGAGGAGGAGCAUGAGGAUACUCUGGAUGACAAUAAUGGCGACCAGACAGAUCAACCUCCACAUGAAUUUGAAAAUGUGAUGGUUAAUGAAGACGAUAAUUAUCAGGAUGAUAAUUAUGAUAAUAACGAUGAGGAUAAUUUUCUUGAAGAUAAUGAAGAAAGACCAUCCGUGGAAAUUAACGAAGGUGAUUCUGGGGUAGGGAGUGAUAUGGCCAACACUUGUGAAAAAGAUGAUCAAAAUGUUGACGAUUUACAUAACGUAGAUAAUUAUCAGCAUGAAGAUGAUGAUAGAAAUAAUAUAGAAGAACCUGAUGACCCAGAAGAAUCAGACCCCAUUGACGCAACUUACAGGGAAACUAUUGAGAAUUUAAAAAAAAUUGGUGAACAAACUAGUACAAUUAGAGAAGAAAUGUCUCCAAGAGACGAGGACGACAGUCCCGAUGAAUCAUCAUCAGACGCAAUGACCUCCCGGAUAAACGACAACGAUGCCUUGAAAUUACUUUCCAACAACUCAGCAAUAGAGCUUUACCCAGCAAAAAAAACUUCCAGCAAACCUACCAAAAACAACAACGAAGCCCCCCGGAUAAACUCAACAAUAAAUUGGAACCAGAUCGAAAACCUAUCCUCCAGAGACAGAGACGACAGUGACGAGCAUGUAAAUAAAGAUGGUGAAGCGUCCAAAGACAACGCAGACAACAGCACCGAGGCGGGUUUGUUGCUACAAAAUUUGCUAACAGAGCAUCAUCACAGGAAAAACAACGAGGAAAGAUCCUCUCAAAAUUCCUCCGUAGAAACUGAGUAUGUAUCUCUCGAAAGAUUAGCUGAGACAGUGAACAAAUGUCGUGUGUGCAAUGAAAAAUUUAACGACAUAACAAUGCUGGAUGAUCACAGACUAAAAGCCGGUCACUAUCAGUGCAACGUACCAGAUUGUUCAUCUCUAGUGUUCACAACCUCCGGUGAAUUAUCGCUGCACAAGUUACAGUCACAUGAACCUCAUAAUAACAAUCAUCCUCUAUCACCAACAAUAAGUAUUAUCCCAUCCCAAGUGAACCACCAAUUAUCACCUAGAAUUACUGAAAGUGCUGCUAGUUUAGGACACAACUCCCCGGGUAUGACAAACCAUCGUUCCCCGUCGACUAUUUCUCCUCAUACAAACUCUCCUCACAAUUUAUCCCCGCAUCCAAUGAGUUUAGACCCUUUGAACCCGCUUCAGUUAAAUCGUUCCUCGCCGCUGGCUUCUCAUCAAACCCACUCGCCUUCAUAUUCCUCCCAGCAACACCAUCAUCUCCAACAGCAACAACAGCAACAGCAACAUCAUCCGCAGCAAGACCACCACUCGCUUCAUCAUCAGCAGCAAAUGAUUCCUCCGAUAAAUUUCGACCAACUACCACCUCCAGUACAACAAUUGGCCCAACAAGUCCAACGAAUGGCACUACCUCAGCCCCAAAUGCCUCCGACACUACCACCGGGUGCUAAUACGAUGAUACCUGGGCCAAAUUACUUCGUUCAACCCUCGGGCAGACCUCCGAUGUACCACCGCAUGCCUGGUGGUCCGGGUCAUCAGCCAGGUCCUCCUCACAAUAUGCAGUAUCCACCUCACUUGGCCCACCUAUACGGUCCUCAGUACGGCGGACCGUACUCUCAGUACCCGGGUCCGUCCCAAAUGCACCCACAAAUGCUGCAGCAAAUGCAGCAGCAGCAGCAGCAACAACAGCAACAACAGCAGCAGCAGCAGCAGCCUAGAGGUCGAUAUCCCCCAAGUAUGAUGCCAAAUGCGAGAGGUCCCAGACCGAUGGUUCCUAACCAGGUGCCUAGGCAGAGGCUCAAGAGACCUCUUCCUCCGCAACCUCCCCCGGCUCAAGGCCAGCCUCAGCAGAGAGUUGCGGAAGCUAGUACUAGCAAGCAGAGGAGGAUGGAUCUGUUGAUACCUGAUAGGAAUGAAGACGCGGAUUGUCAUGUUAUUGCGCAGCAGAAGAGGAAUGAUGGAGUGCCGAUUAUUCAGAAUGUCCAGGGGGCUACUGGACAGCCGAGCUCUAGGAGUGACUCUACUAUUCAUUUAACUGAUUCUAUUACUCUCAGUGUUCGUCAACCUGGUUCCACUCCAGCUCAAGUGCAGAAUCCAGGGACGACUCCUGCGAAAAAAACGGACGCUAAAGCCGUAGCCAAUGUUUUGGCGGCUCGAGGCAUCACAGUGACACCUACGGCGAAUAAAAAUAAAUCUGGGGAACAGCAGAAGCAACAAUCACCGGCGCAACAACAGCAACAACCGCAGCAACCUCAACGGACUGCGGCCUCGACCUCGCCUUCGGUUACCGCUCUAAAUUUAAACUCUGCCAUUUCUAUUAUUCCUGCGAGUACUCAGAGAAAGCAACAGCAGCAGGCAGCACAACAACAGCAAUCGCAACAGCAGGACCAGCAGUUUGCAGUACCUCAAAAUAAACAGAGCAAACAGACUAAUCAAGAGAUCGAGAGGCCGCCGAGACCGCCGACGAUUGAUCUUACUCAAGAGUCGGGACCGUUGAUGGCUCAUACAAGAAGAGGAAGACCAACCAGAGCUGCAUUAACCUGCCAAAUAUGCGAUAAAAGUUUUCAAAAUCAAGAAAUUUUAGUUCAACACAUGGCAUCUCAUCGCACGUCAAAUAAAUUAGACUAUAAGUGUAAUCUUUGUACAGCGGCGUAUCCAACAUCACAAGGUUUAGUUUUGCACAAGCAGAGCUAUCACAAGGAAUUGGACAGCGCUCCAACAAAUGGUGGCACAGAGUUAGCGAUUCCAGUGGUAGAUUUGAAGUCACCGCAAACGUUGUCCAGAUUGACUAGUUUGGGUAUUCAAAGUUACAUACCUCUGUCGCAAUUGAGUGCACAAACUGGUGGUUAUUUUGCAUUACCAAUAGUUACUAUAGACAGUCCUCGUAAUCCUAACUCAUGUAAUCUAGGUGCACUUGGUGCUACGUCGAUACUAAGUUUAGGGCCUUUAAAACACCUGUCUAACAGGUAACUAUAAUAAUUUUAAAUAGAAAUUAAAAAUAUAUAUAUAUUUAUAUGUUUAUCAGAUUUCUAAGAUACAUUUACUGUUGACUACCAUUUUGAUGUUGGAAAUAAACCAUGACAUUAUUUUUCUCAUUUUGAUCGACGCAAUUUUAAACAGAAAAAAAAAAUAAGUUAUCAUUAAUACUGUUAAAUCAGUUGGAAAAUAUUUUAUUUUUAUUAAGAUGAUUUACUUAUUGUUAAAAAUUUUUUAUUAAAAUGUAAAAAAUUUAUAUUUACUUUGCUUUUUAAAUUGUAAGUAAAAUUUAUUUGAAAAUUUUUAUUUACUCAAUCGAAUUAUUGUGUUCUAUAAUUAAUGGGGCAAAUAAAUCAUAAAUGCAUCCUCAAAAAAAAAAAAAAAAAUAAUCAAAUAUUUUGUAACUAGAAGGAUCAAAAUAUGUUGAUCAUAACUUUGUAUAUAAAGGUGAAGUUUUUUAUGACUAUCAUUAUCAUAAAAUUUAGAAGUUUAAGUAUUUAUUGAAUCAUAAUAAUAAAUAAAAUAAAACAAAAAUAUACAUUGAUUAAACAACAGCUCAAUGAUAAAUUGUCAAGUAUGACUAAAUGCAUCAAUUACUUACUUUUUUAUAUUUUAAAUAGAGCAGUAUUUUUAAAUUCAAAUUUAACAAGAUAUUAAAUAUUUCCCAUAAUGUAAAUACAUUUAAAAAAACUUUUAAAAACAUUUGAAAAAACAAGUUAAGCUGAUAGCUGAAUUAUGAUGAUUUAUAAUUAAAUUAAAUUAGCACAGUGCCUCCUCUCUAAGAUAUUUUAGCUGCGUCCAAUUUUUUUAUUAGUUACUAUUAACAGA